AUGGUCCGGACAGGCCUGGGGAUCAUUGCGCAGAAUUGGCAUGGAAAGAUAGUGAAAGCUAAAGGCAUCGUGACACGGAGGAGAGGAGCACCAGCCAUCGAGGAAGCAAUGGCAAUAAGGAGUGCGUUGGAAAUGACCACAAAUGCAGGAUGGACUACAAUAGAGGUCCAAUCUGAUUGCAAAUGUGUGAUAAGCCUAAUCAACUCAAGCAAUGCACAGGACUGUAAGCUACAAACGAUCCUGGAUGACAUUGAAGACUUGAAGAAGAACUUUGACUGUUGUGUGUUUUUGUUUAUUCCCAGGACUGCUAAUAGUUGUAGCCAUGCUUUGGCUCAAUUUACAGUUAAGUCAGUUAGGAUAAUUGAAUGGGAGGGAUCAUUCCCAUUUUGGUUUUCAGAACUAGCUAGGAAAGAUAUGGGGGUAGUUACCCCGUUUUGUAAUUAA